UUAAUUUAGGUCAAAUACGCAUAAUCUUUACACUUAACUUUUGACAGACGUUUUUAUUUCGAUGGAGCAGAUGGCGGCCUUUACACUCUUUCUGAUAUUAGCAAGCUUGGUUACAAGGGUGCCGGCAGAAGGGAACACCAGGAAGUGCCUAAUAUGCCCAAAACUUGUCAAAGACCCAUCUGAAUGCACGGAGAUACACCACUGUCAAUCGUCCAGGUUUUGUGUAACCGAAGUAUACCAUCUACACGGUGAGAACCGGUUCAGAUACGGUUGUGGAGGAGGUGCGUUUUCUUCUAAACAAGAAUGUAAGAACAGGGAAUAUGACAAUCACCACCAACACGGACCCUCGCCGCCCGAACCCGUGCACGAAACAUUGUACGAACACCAUUGGGGUCGCCCUUUGUGCAGAGAAUGUCAUAAUCACUGGAGCUCUCAACAAGAUUCAUGUUCUCAGUACUUUCUUACAACAACACGUACACCCGUGAAACCAGUGACUCAUGCUCCUCCGACAACAAUGGGACAGUCACAGUCUGCUUCAGAAGCAACAAAAACAACCCCGAUUAUAACAACACCGACAAAAACAACAACACCAACAACAACUAUUCCUGAUGCAUCUGCAACAACAAAACAAAAUUUUGUGGUCACUGUUCCCACGACGCAGACGAGAUUGCAACCUUGCAUGGACUUCGAUGACGUCACAUUUUCCUGCGCAGAUAUGAAAUUUUUCGGAUAUUGUAAUCCCGACGCUGGUGCUGGCUACGUCCUCGCACAAAAACGAUGCCGUAAAACAUGUGGACUUUGUUAACAUUUAAACGACGGCGUCAAGCAAAGCCAGAACUUUUCACCCGCUAUUAUUGUAAAAGACUAUAUAUUAAACUUACGAAUAUGAUU